AUGGCAACCAUCACCCCGUACAAACGCGAACUACCUUUCAUCCACCGAGCCUGGAAAACUGCUGUCGACCACCUAUCUCCAUACGGCAUGGGGAUCAAGUUAUCAUCAACCAACGGUGACAGCGUCGUUAAUGACGAGCAUGGUUCUCGUGCUACCAAAAGACGUCGCAUAGUUGAAGACUCACCAGAGUCGACUCCAAAUGGCGCCGUUGGCCACUUAUUAUCUGAAAAUUACGAUGACUUCGAAAAAGCCCUUCGUGUGGAAGUUCUCCAAAUUACCCACAAGGAAAGCUCUAAUUUCAGGUCCAGCAAUCUAUUGAAUGGCACGGGAUCUCCCGCAAAAAAGGAUACGCCGACUAUUCGUAUCCGCUGUAAGCUUAGCAUUUUCCGACUACGUGGGUCAAAGGAAGUUCGCAUCCUCUAUUGCGAUAGCCAAAUAUGCAAUCUAAAGGUUUUUCGAGACGCAGACGGUGUCUGCCGGAGAGCUAGGAUAUAUCUCAACUCGCCAUUUCAUGUCCCGGCGGACAAGAUAUUUGUUGAGCGAGAUGACGACAAUGGUUUUGAUCUAGACGAUAACUACCUCGUUCAAGCCGAGUUGGAGUCGGCGGGUGAUCCAUGUUGGCCACCUGUUGACCUACUGCCCAAAGAAGAAACCCAGGGUAACCUCUCGAGCAACCCACGGCAUUGGGUUUUGACGUCUCAAGUCGUUUACAGGUUUGAAAAGCACCGGGCCUCAACACCUGUCAAGAUCAGGAAACGAGUCGGUCAAGAAAUGGGGACUGAACUAAUGAUGGACAUGGAUCUGAGAUGGUCCACAUGUCAUAGAGCAGGUAGCACUACCGAGGUUGAGGUUUCACCGCCAGAGACCAAGGCAUCAUUUCCUAGCGGUGCUCUGGAGCCCUUAACAAAUGGACAUGUCAAUGGGAGGGCGGAUAAUGCGACAAACGGUAAUUUGAGAGAUGACCAGGAUGUCUUGAUAGAAGAUGAUGAGGAUCAUGAAGAGGCGGCGACCCCCAGUCGUUCACUAAGAACGAGGGGAAAGCAAAAUUACAAUCUCAAGCUACUGAGUGACAAGGCGCGAGGAAAAGAGCGUAAAGAACGCAAGCAACGUAAAUUGGCUGAGAAUAGAAGCCAAACCGGGCAAGUUACGUGGGUACUCCCUCAAACAGGGGAAGUCGUACUAAAGAAUUACCAAUGCAUACGAUGCUAUGCUGCUCAUUCAUCUAUGAACCAGCUAGUAGAACAUGUUAAGGUCCAUUAUCAGUUCAAGUAUGACUUUGAUGUGAGUUCUUCCCGCAUAUGGAUUUCUCAUCAUGGUCAAGAAACCCCGCGUCGAUCUAGCUCGUAUAUAUUGGACAUUCAAAGUUCAGAAGGCCCCGAUAGCGACCUCGAAGACAGUAUAUCUCUUCAUAGGGCCCAGAACACUUUAACGCAGUCAAAGUCUUUGCAGACAUACCUCCCGGGUCGUCCUAAGGAUACAAGACAACAAGUGCCAAAUAAUAAACAACCUAUGUACGAUCGUCUCAGUAAAGCGUUACUUGAACCAGGAUCUUUAGUAGAUCCGCCAGACAUCGACGAUACUUGGCUGGUACAAAAGCACCGAGACAUCAUUCGAGAUUACAGUGAUGUCCACCAAGAUGAGAAGGAAUAUAUCUCAGAGUGGGAUGCUUACGUAAAUAAAGAAUGCGUCACUUCAGAGCCCCAUUUACAAGACGUUUAUCUCAAAUUCGUUCAAAACAAGGCGUUGUGGCUAGUUGCGUCUCAGAGCCGCAUGACGGAAUUCUCAAAGCACUUGAGCUACCUGAAAGCAAGGAACUCCUUAGUUGAAUCCACUAUUGUUAAGGCGCUUGCAAUUAUGCGACAAGCCAGGUCUCAAAAGCGUCCUGAACAGCCUGAGACUACAAAGCCACCCUCUCCGAGAACUCAGUAUCGCAAGUCGGCGUCAGGAUGUGCGGUCUGUGGUCAACCAAUCCGAGGACCAUCCACACUAAUUUGCUCAAAUUUGGAUUGCGAUAAACCCCUAUACCACAUCAAUUGCAUCCGAGGACAUAUAAAGAUGCCUGUAGGGUGUCGCAACUGGCGGUGCAAUGAUUGCUGCAGCAAUUAG